UACCACUUACUAGAAUGAGAUUAGCAAAAUGUAUCAAGGUGUAUUCCAAACGAUUCGAUGAUAUUUAAUAGCAAAAAACUUCUUAGUAUUGGUAUAUUAUUUAGAAAUAAAAUUAUAUAUUUACGCUUAAAUAACUCACAGAGAACUAUAAUAUCUGAAAGUUGUCUAAAUUUGACUCGACUCUCGACUUACGAGUGUCAAGCGAAUUGUGAAAACUGUAAACUGAAAUGUCAUAAUAAGUACCUAUAACCUACAUAGAAUUUGUAAUUUGUAAAUCAAUUAAUAAAUAAUUCUUAUUUAGCUACGGUUUCAUAUGAUACUAUUUCAUUAUUGAUUAUAUUAUAACACCAGGUAUUGUUUAGUUUUCUUCGAAUGGUGUUGAUUUUAAAAACCGAUUUCUGAAAAGAAGUCUCAUCAUGAAGGGAGGCAUGUGUGAACAGAAGCCAGGCGGGGGUAGGUGAGGCAAGGCGAAGGGCGAUGGCGGAGGAUGAAGUCGGGCUUGCAGACGCCGUACUGCUUGCGCCCCUCACCGAAGACUCCUUUCUGCACAACUUACAUGUCCGAUAUAAACGAGAUAUCAUUUAUACAUACGUGGGCAACGCCCUUAUUUCGGUGAAUCCAUGCCGACCUCUGCCACUCUACUCGGCUGAUCUGGUUCGGACCUAUUUAGCGCGACCGCCAUACUUGCUGCCACCCCAUCUGUAUGCGAUAACUGCAACGGCCUAUCGAUGGGUACGUGAUAGAAACGAGAGUCAGUGCAUAGUUAUUACGGGUGAGAGCGGUGCUGGCAAAACAGAGGCCGCGCGUGUGUGCCUCCAAUGUGCAGUAGUAGCAGGUGGAAGCGCAGCCGGCGCAGCAGGUGGAGGAGCGGCUGCCACGCUAGUUGCGGCCGGAACGCUUCUCGAAGCCUUUGGGAACGCCGCUACUGCAAGGAAUCAUAACGCCAGUAGAUUUGGAAAGCUGUUGGAUAUAGAGUUGGACUUCAAGGGAGAGCCGAUCGGUGGACACCUAACACACUACCUCUUGGAAAAGGAACGCGUCUGCUUCGUAUCAGACGGCGAACGAAAUUUCCACGUACUGUAUCAGUUGCUAGCCGGUGCUGAUGCUCAAUUGCUCAAGCGGCUUAAGCUGCAGCGUUCAUGGGAGGCGUACCGGGUACUGCGGGGCCGGGCGCCCCCCGCGGGCUCGGAAGACGCGUCCCCGCCCCUCCGUCCGCCCCCGGGCCCCGCCGACCCGCACGCAGAUCGAGACCACUUCGCCUUCACCAAAGCCGCCAUGAAAACCCUCGGACUGAGCGCGGCGGAAUGCGGGGCGGUUCUACGAAUUCUCGCCUUCAUACUCAAGCUGGGCAACGUCCGGUUCGAACCGCUUCAUCACAUAGAUGGCUCGAUUGGAGCCCGUGCACAUCAUGAACUCGAGUUGCGGGAUGCGUGUGCGCUGGUUGGAGUCGAUCCGGACACCUUGGCGCUGGCUUUGGGUGCGGCGCCGGAAGCAUCGGUGCCCCCGCCCGCCGCUCCACCCACUGUAGCGCCACACGAAGACGAGUGUUCAGUGGAGGAAGAAGAGAGUUCAGUGGGGGGCGAAUCCGAGGCGUGGAGCGAGUGGGGGGAAUGGGGAGAGUGGGCGGCGCUACGGAGGGAUCGUGUGCUCUGCGCGCUGUAUUCGCGUCUUUUCAACUGGUUGGUGCGCGGCGUCAACGCGGCGUUACGUGGAGCGGCCGGCGGUCGUCGUUCACUGGGAAUUCUCGACGUGUACGGGCUGGAGUCGUUGGCGCACAACUCGUUGGAGCGGCUGCUCAUCAACUACGCGGCGGAACGCGUGCAUGCGGCCGUCUGUACCCUAGCCUUGCGCCGGCAGCAAGAGGAGUAUGCGCGCGAGGGACUCGCAUGGACGCCGGUGCCUCUUACCGAUCACGAGGCGGCCGCGGACGCGUUAGACGCGGGACCGGAUUGCGUGCUUGCCGCAUUGCGCGAUGCCACCCUUCGCGCUGCUCCCGAUUCCCAUUUCAUACAGCGUCUCCAGCGCCGUCGGCAUCCACGCGUCUUGCCUUUACCGCCCGAUAGAUUCCAGAUCACGCAUUUCGGUGGCGUGGUGGUGUACAGCGCACGCGGCAUCAUUAGCAAAAACCGUGACUCGGUAUGUCGCCGUUGUGCCACCGUCCUGGCCGCAGCUCGCGAACCCUUGUUGGCCGCCCUUUUCGCCGCGCCGCCGCCGCCAACCCACGCAGCCGCCGGGUCGCCGCGUCGAGCCGGGGCGCUCGCGUGCCGCCAGCGUGCUCUCAUCGCCGCUCUGCUGAGGAGAUUGCCGCCGGCGCCGCGUCUAGUGAGAUGUCUACGCGCCGACACCGCUCUCCGGCCGCACCGCUUCGACGCGCCGCUGCUGCGUCACCAGAUCCGAACUCAGGGCAUCGUGGAGAUGGCUGCCCUUCGACGGGCGGGCUGGUGCGAGUCGCUGUGCGCACGCGGCGUGGUGGCGCGGUAUGGGAUACUGCGGUGGCGUCGUUCGACGCUCGCGAACGCGGCGGCGACGGCGGGAGAGGAAGCGGUGCGCGCGGCGCGGUCUCUUCUACGUACGCUUCCCAUUCCGAGUGGCGAAUUUGCGUUCGGACGCACUCGUGUGUUCGUGCGUAGUCCGCGCACAGUGUGGGAGUUGGAGGCGUUGCGAGCGGCGCGCGUGGAACGUCUGGUGUCGGCGGCUCAGAGGGCGUGGCGGGAUUAUCGAGCGCGACGCCGCCAUACCGCUCAGCGCACAAUCGCCUCGGCCUGGCGCGCACAUAAGGCUCGACAAGAGUCAGUAGAAGAUACAAUAGCGCUACAGCCUUCCUAUUGGCGACCGGGCGCACCAGCAGCACCGAGUCCGGCGGCAGCAAGGGCGGCGGCGGGGCUGGUGGUGUGGCGCGCGUGGUGUUCUAGCGCCCGUCGGCGUUACCUGCGCGGGCUGUGGGCACGAUUGCCGGCGCGGCACUGCUCGCCAGUCUGCACCGCGUGGCCUCCGCCCCCUGCACCCCGUCUACUCGCCCGGACCGACUCCCUCCUCCGGCGCCUGCAUCACCGCUGGCGCUGUCAACUGUACCGUCAGGCGUUCGACCAGACCGCAAGGAACCGCAUGCGGGAGAAGGUGACGGCGAGCGUGCUGUUCAAGGAUCGCAAAGCGUCGUACGCGGUGAGCGUGGCGCAUCCUUUUGUCGGGGAUUACGUGCGUCUCCGAGCUUCCGGGGCGUGGCGACGCGGGGCGGGUGCCGGCGCGGCAGACCGCUACGUGGUGUUCGCGGAUGCGGCGGUGAGGGUGGCGAGGGGGGGCGGCGCCGGACGUGUCCUGGCGGUGGUGUCGACGGCGGCGCUGCUGCUCUUGGAACCGCGAUCGUUGCGCGUGAAGAGACGGGUUCCGGCGCAACAGGUGUAUCGCCUGUCUCUUUCGCCGUACGCGGAUGACGUGCUGGCGGUGCAUGUGCGCGCCCCGGCCGCCCCCGAUGACUCUGAUGAGGAUCUCUCGCAGUGCUCCUCGAGGGACGCGUUGGAUGCCCCCGGGUGCUUAUUUGGGAGUGAAGGCGGCUGGCGGAGACGUGGAGACGUAGUGCUACGGACAUGCCACGUGCUGGAACUGGCCACGAAGCUGUUCCUCGUCGUGCAAAACGCCGUGGGCGCGCCGCCGCACGUUAAUAUUGCUUCCGAAUUUGAAGCAAACUUCGGUCAGCAGUUAGUGACAAUAGCAUUUCAUGCGACGGGCAGUGCCCCAUCUGGGGCUCGCUUAGUCCGGCGCGGAAGCCGUCUUGAUGUCCUGCUGUGACCGCGGUAAGACACGACAAUACAACUGUAAAUUCCACACACGGUUUCGUUGGACAAAAUUAAGUUUAUGGUCGUCUCUUUUCUUUAUGUAAUAUAAUUUAAACAAAAUCUUAUUUUUUUUUUAGUUUGAAGUGCCUGUGGUCAGAUAAAAACUACGACCAGUCAAAUUGACAUAACUAUUUGCUUUAUGAUUAUAGUUUUUCUUUUUUUAAUUAGUAACAUGGAUACAAGUCCUUUAGUCGUAAUAAUAGAGUACAAAUGUGAUUUAGGAUAAGGGUGCAUUCCGUUCCGCUCCGAGCGAAACGUGCCGUAAGGUUUUCUGUAUCCAAUAGUAAUACCUAAAACAUACCAUUCUGUGGUGUAAGGUCCUGGAAAGUGGAAAAUAAUAUUAACAAUAAAAAGAGGACCACCUCCCCCCGCCUAAAUUCGUUGUGUAAGAACGCUCCCUAAAUUAAAAUGCCAUUUUCGUCACGAUGGUAAAAAGUUAGUACUGGCAUAUAGAGAAGUCAAGUUUGUGUUGAAUCUUGCAUUUAAUAGAUGUCAUAAGUCGUACAUGUAUAUUUAAUGUAUAGGUCCCGACACGUUGGUGUAGCAGUGAUCAAAAGUAAAUUUUGAAAAAUACGACGAAUAGCACCUUUUCAACAAUAAUUUUAGUCGCUUUACAUACACACAUCAAUUAACCUUAACUUGUUAAUAAGAUGUGUCUAUUGGGCUGGAAAUUGAUUGAGAAACUAAUAUAUUAACUACCUCGCAAACGUUUGUUUUGCCACAGAAAACUUCGAAUAGUCCAGUCAAUCGCUAUUAAAUUUAAAAAUGGGGGGGGGGGGGGGUAUUUUAUGCCUAUUUUGACCACAAAACACUUCAUAAGAAUAGCUUAAGCGGAAUUUGGGAGGAGUUUCGAUAUAAAAGUCGCAGUAAAAUAGUUAAAUAAGACAGUUAAUUGAAUCACUAGACAGUUAAUUAAAGAUUGAUAUUCAAUCAAGUCGCUAAAGUUCCGUCAGACAAGUGAGCGAACGAAACGUUUAAGGAGUUUUAGUUCCUAGGCAACAAAACUAACCUAAUCUAACCAUUUACAAUAAAACAAAACACGGAAUUUCCAAGCUCUCAUUUCUUCACGACCACACAAUAAAAUAAUCAUGGCGGAGUCUUGUUUUACAUUGUUAAUCAACACGCUGGCUUU